UUGACCAAGUCGAGACAAGAAAAAAUCUGAAAAAUGGCCCGUACCAAGCAAACUGCCCGCAAAUCGACCGGAGGAAAGGCUCCUCGCAAGCAAUUGGCGACGAAAGCUGCUCGCAAAAGCGCCCCAGCCACCGGCGGAGUCAAGAAGCCGCAUCGUUAUCGUCCCGGUACCGUCGCUCUUCGUGAGAUUCGUCGCUACCAAAAGUCGACGGAGCUCUUGAUCCGCAAAUUGCCUUUCCAACGAUUGGUUCGUGAAAUCGCGCAAGAUUUCAAGACUGACUUGCGUUUCCAAAGCUCCGCUGUUUUGGCUUUGCAAGAAGCCAGCGAAGCGUAUCUCGUCGGUUUGUUCGAAGACACCAACUUGUGCGCCAUCCACGCCAAACCACCAAAAAUCAUGACAGGACGUGGUAAAGGAGGAAAAGGUCUCGGCAAAGGAGGCGCCAAACGUCAUCGCAAAGUGUUGCGUGAUAACAUCCAAGGCAUCACGAAGCCCGCAAUCCGUCGUCUCGCUCGUCGUGGCGGCGUCAAGCGUAUUUCCGGCUUGAUCUACGAAGAAACGCGCGGCGUCUUGAAAGUUUUCUUGGAAAAUGUCAUCCGGGAUGCCGUCACGUACACGGAGCAUGCCAAGCGCAAGACUGUCACCGCCAUGGAUGUCGUCUAUGCCUUGAAACGCCAAGGACGCACAUUGUACGGUUUCGGAGGUUAAAUUUCGACAAAAACUCCCGCAAAAAAAGGUCCUUUUC